AUUCAUUUCUGAGCAACCAACAGUUAUCCUCGAAGAUGGCUGCUGCCUCGAUUCCCACUGCUCAAAGAUUCCGCCUCAGUCAUUUAGACCUAUUGACAUCAUUCCCUUCACCAAAGCUGAAAUCUUUAUCACGCUCUCUCCGAUUUGAUUUCGCCUCCAAUCCCAGUCAGGUAUUAGCUAGCAUACCAGCUAUGCAAGCAACUGUACCCAUGCUAUCAAAAGAAUCUCCAAUGGGAGUUGAUGCAACAACUGUGGAAGAAUAUGCUUCCCAGGCUAAACUGCUUCAAGAAUUUUCUAAUAUACCUACUAUUAAUAAAGCAUGGAUUUUCAAGUCGGGUACCGAAGAAAGUUCCCGUGCAAUGUUCUCUUUUAGUCAACCCAAUAUUGUGGCAAACAAAAAGAGGACAUUUAUUCACUCUUCUCAUAUUUCAAAGACUCGUGAUCUUUCUGUGAGCUUCGAGUGGUCCCCCUUUCCUAUUCAAAUGGAUGGUGUUUCUACACUUGUUCCAUCACCAUCAGGUACAAAGCUUCUUGUAGUUCGCAAUAAAGAGGAUGAAUCCCCAACAGUGCUUGAAAUAUGGGGUCAAUAUCAGUUGGAGAAAGAAAUACAUAUUCCACAAUCUGUGCACGGCUCGAUAUAUACUGAUGAAUGGUUUGGCAGAAUUGCAUGGAACCAUGAAGAAAAUUUAAUUGCAUAUGUUGCUGAGGAGCCAGUUCCAUCGAAACCUGUAUUUAAUGACUUAGGUUACAAGAAAGAGGGUUCUGCAGAUAAAGACUAUGGUAGUUGGAAAGGCCAAGGAGAUUGGGAAGAGCAUUGGGGCGAAACCUAUGCAAAGAAAAGGAAGCCUUCCCUAUUUGUUGUCAACACUACUAGUGGAGAAGCUCAGCCAGUUAAGGGCAUUCCAAAGUCCUUAAGCGCUGGGCAAGUCAUUUGGGCUCCAUCUACUUCAAGUGGGUCCAAUGGUUACUUGGUCUUUGUUGGGUGGUUAUCAGAAAAUGGUCCACAGCAAACUCCAAGAAAGCUGGGCAUAAAAUAUUGCUAUAACAGGCCUUGUGCCUUAUAUGCAAUCAAGGCCCCCUUUCAUGAAUCAAAUACCACGGAAAUGCCAUUCAAUGCCGAUGAAGUGAAAGAUAAUGAAAAGGCGGUCAAUUUAACUCAAGCACUGAGUAGUGCUUUCUUCCCACAAUUUAGUCCAGAUGGAAGAACUCUCGUAUUUCUAUCUGUGAAAAGCGCAGUUGAUAGUGGAGCACAUUCAGCCACAAAUUCACUUCAUAAGUUGGAGUGGCCUGCUGAUGGAAAACCUGACACAUCUAGUAGAAUCAUAGAUGUGGUGCCUAUUGUGAUGUGUCCUGAAGAUGGCUGCUUCCCAGGCCUUUAUUGGUCAAACUUCGUGCCCAAUCCAUGGCUUUCUGAUGAAUGUACAAUGGUUUUGACUUCUGUGUGGGGCAGCACCCAAGCAAUUCUUUCUGUAAAUAUUUUGAGUUGUAAAGUAUCACGGAUUAGCCCUGAUGACACAAUUUACUCGUGGAAUGUUCUGGCUUUGGAUGGGGACAAUAUUAUUGCUGAGUGUAGCAGUCCAGUCGAUCCUCCCCAAACAAAGUAUGGAUUUCGAAUAUCUGCAAAGGAGCAAUCAGCUAAAUAUGAAUGGUUAGAUGUUUCAAGUCCAUUACAAGGGUACUCUGAUAAGAUAAGGUCCUUCUUGUCAUCUCAUCAGUGUACUAUAUUGAAGAUUCCAGUUAGUAAUCAUUCUGAAAACCUUACCAAAGGUGCCAGGAGACAUUUUGAUGCUAUAUUCGUGUCAUGUGCUGGUUCCAAAUCUGAAGAAUCAUUCAAAGGGAAUGAAAAUACUAGUGCUUGCAAUCCAGUAAUUGUAAUUCUCCAUGGUGGUCCACAUUCAGUUUCAUUGUCAACCUACACAAAAUCAGGGGCAUUUCUAUCUUCACUAGGCUACAACUUGCUUAUUGUAAACUAUAGAGGUUCUCUGGGUUUUGGAGAGGAAGCCUUGCAGUCUCUUCCAGGAAAAGCAGGGUCUCAGGACGUGAAUGAUGUGCUCACUGCUCUAGAUUAUGCUAUUGAAAAGGGACUUGUUGAUGCAUCUAAAGUAGCUGUUCUUGGAGGUUCACAUGGUGGCUUUCUCACGACCCAUUUAAUUGGGCAGGCGCCAGAUAGGUUUGUUGUGGCAGCUGUCAGAAAUCCUGUUUGCAACCUUUCGUUGAUGGUUGGUACUAGCGAUAUUCCUGACUGGUGUUAUGUAGAAGCUUUUGGAACAGAAGGAAAGAAGUUAUGUACCGAGGCUCCUUCUUCUGAACAUCUUAAUCUCUUUUACAAUAAAUCGCCUAUUUCUCACCUCUCAAAGGUUAAAACACCUACCCUUUUCCUCCUGGGUGCACAAGAUCUUCGAGUUCCAGUUUCUAAUGGUUUACAGUAUGCAAGGGCCCUGAGAGAAAAAGGGGUCGAGCUCAAAGUGAUUGUGUUUCCUGAUGAUACCCAUGGAAUUGAAAGGCCACAAUCUGAUUUUGAAAGUUUUCUCAACAUUGGUGUCUGGUUUAAGAAGUACUGCAAAUAAAUCACCAGAAUCUGUAAUUAUCUCAAUCCAACAGUAUAUUGGCAUUUUGCCAGUCACAUUGGAGAACUUAGAAUUUAUCAUACUGUUUCUCUCUGUAUGUCAUCGUUGAUGACAUUUGUGAUACAAUUGAUGAUGAUAAAGUCAAACCAUGAUUCUGGAUAUUGUCUGCUUUCAAAAUAAUUCUUAUCUGUAUAGAAACACAUUUUGUCUACCAGUGGCAAGUAUCUUGGUUCU